AUGUCAUCUUCGGCCAUUUCGACGCGUACGAGCGUUGCGAGCGAACCGAUCGAGACGACUCGGCUACUUACGGUGGCGCGGCGUGGGUACCAUGUGCACUCUGCGUCGGAAUCAACCGUCUACUCGCCCGAAUCGGAUCUGGUGGACAUCACCAAAGACAGAUACGACCUGACGACGUUCAAGGGGCGUCUGCUCCACUUUGCGUCGGUCACUUCGCCGCUCACGCUUCUGGCAACGAAUGCGGAACUUCGAGGUGCGCAAGAGUUGGUUUCGUCGUACGAGGCGAAAUUCCCCAACAACCGAUCGACGGGCAGCUACCUUGUGACGAGGGGCGAGGCAAACAAGUACUGGAAGGCGAAACAGCUCGUAGAUUCUUCGGUACAUCCGGAUACGGGCGAGGUGAUUCUUCUUCCGUUUCGUAUGGCAGCAUUUGUACCGACCAAUUUGCUGGUGGUGGGAGGUAUGUUGAUGCCCAACCCUUCGCUCGCGUCCAUCGUGUUUUGGCAGUGGAUCAAUCAGUCGCUCAACGUAGCCGUCAACUAUUCGAAUGCCAACAAGAGCGUCCCGAUGAACAUGAAGGAGGUCGGAAUCGCAUAUGCUGCUGCCACCACGUCGGCAGUGGCAAUCGCGGUUGGCAUGUCGCGCGGUGUACCCAAGUUGAAAUUGUCUCCGGGCGUUAAAGGCGUGUUGACAAGUCUGGUACCGUUUGUCAGUGUUGCAUCUGCCGGAAUCGUCAACAUCUCGUGUAUGCGAUGGAAGGAAAUCAAAGAUGGUGUUGGCGUCUACAUCCGAGACGACCAGGGUACGCGUCACAAGAUUGGCGAUAGCAGCGUCGCAGGUCAACGCGCUGUCGCCAUGACAGCCGCCAGCCGAGUUCUCACCAAUAUCCCAACCCUCAUCCUACCCCCUCUCGCCCUACGCGCCCUCCAAAGAGCCAAAUUCAUCCCCACUUCCGGCUCCCUCACCAGAGCCGUAGAUCUCGCCAUGAUCGGAACUAGCCUGCUCGUCUUUCUACCCCCCGCAAUCGCCACUUUCCCCCAAGUCGCCACGGUCAACCCCAAAUCGCUCGAAUCCAAGUUCCACCACUUGACCGAUCCAGCUGGUAACCCCAUAGACCGCGUAGAGUUCAACAAAGGCCUCUAA